AUGAAGAUGAGAAGCCUCUCCUCCUUUUACGUCUCUCUGUGGUUGCUCACAGCAGUGAUACUCAAAGCUGUAGAAUCAGCCAAAGGAAAAUAUGCUCACAUGCUGUUUAAUGAACUGUUUGAAGACUACUCCAAUGCUCUGAGACCAGUGGAAGACACAGAUAAAGUACUGAAUGUCACCCUUCAGAUCACAUUGUCCCAAAUUAAAGACAUGGAUGAAAGGAACCAAAUUUUGUCAGCUUACUUAUGGAUUCGACAGAGCUGGUAUGAUGCAUACCUCAGAUGGGACAAAGAUAAAUAUGAUGGGUUGGAUUCUAUCAGGAUUCCAAGCAAUUUGGUUUGGAGACCAGAUAUUGUCCUAUAUAACAAGGCUGAUGAUGACUUUUCAGAACCAGUAAAUACGAAUGUAGUGCUGAGAUAUGACGGAAAAAUCACUUGGGAUGCACCUGCUAUCACAAAGAGCUCUUGUGUAGUGGAUGUGUCUUAUUUUCCUUUUGACAGCCAGCAGUGCAACCUCACCUUUGGGUCCUGGACCUAUAAUGGUAAUCAGGUAGACCUCAUCAAUUCUCUUGAUAGUGGUGACCUCUCUGACUUCAUAGAAGAUGUGGAAUGGGAGAUUCAUGGUAUGCCAGCAGUUAAGAAUGUCAUCACUUAUGGCUGCUGCUCUGAGCCUUAUCCAGAUGUGACCUUCACGCUGAUUUUGAAAAGGAAGUCCUCUUUCUACAUAUUUAAUCUGUUGCUUCCCUGCAUCUUGAUCUCUUUCCUGGCCCCGCUGGGAUUCUAUCUCCCUGCAGACUCUGGUGAGAAAGUGUCUCUGGGUGUUACAGUUCUUCUUGCUCUGACAGUGUUCCAGCUGAUGGUUGCAGAGAUCAUGCCCCCAUCUGAAAAUGUACCUUUGAUAGGGAAGUACUACAUAGCAACCAUGACCAUGAUCACAGCUUCCACUGCGUUGACAAUCAUUAUAAUGAAUCUCCAUCACUGUGGCUCAGAAGCAAAGCCUGUUCCACAGUGGGCCAAGGUGGUUAUUUUGGACUAUAUGUCAAAAAUCUUUUUUGUUUAUGAUGUGGGUGAAAAUUGCACAAGUCCAAAAAGAGAGAAGGAGGAAGAAUGUAGGUUAGAGGGGGAUGAUGGGGGUCAGAGGGAGCACAAAGAGAUAAGGAGUCCUCUUUCCACUAGGAAUGAUGACUGCAAUCUCAAGGAGAAGCUCAAUGGAAAUUGGAAUAAAGGCUAUGGAGUUCAUGGUGAAAAUGUUAGGGAGACUGUUAAUUGCUGUUCUUGUUACAAAAUGCUGAUUAAAAAUAUUGAGUAUAUUGCUAAUUGUGUUAGAGACCAUAAAGCAAACCGGGCCAAAGGAAUCGAGUGGAAAAAAGUUGCAAAAGUGAUGGACAGGUUUUUCAUGUGGAUUUUCUUUAUCAUGGUGUUUUUUAUGAGUGUGCUGAUCAUUGGGAAAGCUGCUUAACUGAAAAUGAAUAUGUUCCUUUUGUAAAUCUGAAUAUCCUAUGUUAGUUUGUUUAGGAGGAGUUCAGUCA